AUGGCGGUGUGGUUAUUGCUGCUCGUAACAUGGUCGAUGUUUUCUGGCCUGUCGGCUUUGACGACUGAUGCUCCAAAGCGUAUUGUAGCUCGUUGUCAAACGGAACCAAUGAGGUUGAACUUGUUGGCAACCGAGUGGGGAAGACGCCGAUCUCUUGUGGUGUCCUUGUUCAUGGCGGCGGAUCCUUCCAAAGAAGACGAAAUGGACGAAUUACAGAACCAACUUGCGCUGAUUGAAGCCUUGGAAGAGCGGAACAAGGCACAGCUGGAUUCCUUUGUGGACGAACAAGACCAAUGGGAUUCCCUGGAGGAAGAAGAGAGGGAAUUUCUUCUGCAAAAGGAUACUAUUCUGAAACGAAUAGAUGAACUUGGCUCUGCUUAA